GAACUUCUGGGAGAUGUCUCGUGCUAACUCAAAGGGCAUAUAAUUCUACUAUAUCCAACUAUAGAAGAAUGGGCACCAUAGGUCAAUUGCGGGCCGCCUUCCGCGAUAAAUCAUCACCUUUCUACUUGGAGUCUGGGUCACAAGGACCCAGCUCACCUGGUGAUGGAUUCGUGAUCCCGGAGAAAGAAUAUAUCCCUGCGCGUGAACUUCAUACUAAAGCUGCCGCUUCAAGUGAGGACAAUCCUGCAGAUUCCUCAGGAUUCGUCGAUGCGGACAAAGAAGGGAGAGAAAAACUACUUGAGCAAGGGUUCGAUCCGGAGUCAUUCUUUGAACAAAAAGUCGUUUGGGGUGAUAUGGAUUCCUUUCAACAUGUAAACAACGUUCGAUAUUUACGAUUCCUAGAAACUGGUAGAAUGCAUUGGAUUCUGAGCCUGGGGCGCAAACUCGGCGGCGAACAAAAAGCUCGCGAUAUGAUAACAGGGAAAGGCAUCUCAGUUAUACUCGGCGAAGUCUCAAUCAAGUAUCGUAGACCUCUGUUAUACCCAGAUACCAUAAUUGUUGCUCACAAACCACAUAAUCCACACCCUACACAUUUUGGCUUCGCUGCUGCAAUUUGGUCGAAUUCUCAACGUACUUUCGUCGCUACGUCUGAUUCUAAGCUCGUUUGGUAUGACUACGACCGGCUAAAGAAAUGCGAUCCUGGAGCGGAGGUACACGCUGUACUUGGAAAGCGCAUACGGACAUAGACAGCCCAAUGCCAACUGUACCUAUUCAACUAG